CCAUACUGCACAUAUAUGUGAGCCAGGGCUGGGACACAUGCCCAUCCCUGCCUCUGCUGUCAUGCAUCCUGCAGCCUGGAUGUGACUUCUCCCAGCCCCAGAAAGUUGCAGCGUGUGUGAGGACAAUCCCCGUCGCCUGGUUCGGGGUCAGCAAAGCACCAGGUGCUCCCCAUGUCAGGCUAGGAGCACCCCCAUUGUAUAGCAGAGGAGGGGAAGGGGGUGGGAGGAUUUCGGAUUUCCCCUCUGCCUCCCAGAUGCGUUCCCUGCUGAUCCGCAAUAAGAAGAGCGCAGGGCUGGAUGAGGCUUUGGGGCUGGUUCCCCAGCAGCAGCCCAGGAUGUUCAGCUGUGUGUCCGGCUUCUGGGUGCUGCUCUCCGCCUGCCUGCUCGCUGUCUGUAGCUUCAGCUUCCUCUCCCCGGCUUGGAUAGUGAGAUCCGUCGAUACAGAGGGACAGGAGCCGGUGAGCUUCGGGCUGCUUUGGCACUGCUCCGACAACCUGGAGCUCAGGUCCGGGUGCUACGCCUUCGGGGGACUGGGGAGGUUCAAUGACAUCCCAUCCAGCUCCUGGCAGACAAGUGCCGUGCUGUGUUCUGGAGGUUGCGCUCUCUUGGUUAUGAGCUGUCUGCUAGCCAUUGUGACCUUGUUUCUACCCACCAGCUUGUGUGAAAGACGGCUAUGUACGCUCGCGGGAUACAUGCAGACAGCAGCAGUGUUCAUUAUGGCUUCUGGACUCUUGGUGUAUCCCUUCGGCCUCAAUUCUACUACUGUGAAAAAAUACUGUGAAAACUCAAGUAUAUACUAUGCAGGAGACUGUCAAAUAGGAUGGGGCUACAUGCUUGCAAUUGUUGGGGUCAUGUUAUCUGUGUUUUUGCCAUUCUUUGCUAAAUAUGCACCAAAAGAACACACAACCCCAACACCCCUUCCUACUAUUUUAUAGUAUUUUAUUUUUGCGGAAAAAGGUUUCUAUGUUCAGAUGGAUGGACAGAACGUAUUAAAGCACCUCUUUGUAGCUGUGCGGCUAAACAUACAAGUCAGAUCAAAUAUUGCAUUGAUCGUCUUCCUGAAGCAUGAUAAAAUAAGAGCCUUGGGAUUAUGUAACAUUACUCUGUUUUCUUGGUUUUCCUAGUCUUUCCUUACAGUACUGUGUGCUGUUUCCUUUAAAGUUAGCUACCUCCUAAUCAUCUCCUUUCCAAUGAAACACAAAUUAUUUGCUGGAACCCAGAUUUUUUUUUUUAAACCAUAUCUACAUUCAGACUAAUUUCCAAUCCAAUAUCUUCAUACUACAUGAAUAUACAGUAAUUUACUGCAUAUCACACAUGCAGUAUAUGUCCUGUUAAGCUUAUGAUCUCAUAUUUUACUCUAACAAACGUAAAUCUCUGAUUAUAACACACUAGUUAUCUUCUAAUUUGUAUCAAGAUUGUAUUUAUAAUAUGAUGUUCUAUUUCAUGAAAUGUGUAGGACUUUUAGCCCUAACAUACUGUAUUGUUUUCUAAAUUCUGGUCUUCUGCUGCCAUGUGACACAAUUCUAAUGACCUUUUGUAUAUAUGUCAAUACAAAUCAGUCUAAAUAUUCA